AUGGCACCCUCAGCAGUCAACGCUGGCACCGCAAAUGCCGCGAAUGGCGCAAACGGCACGGCCUUGAAGGCGACUGCGAGAUCAUUUCAUCCCACCGGCACCCCAGAUCCUUCCCGCUACCACGCGACUUCCUCCCAGAAUGCCAUCGAGAAAGGCAAACAUUACCUCGACUUCCUGUCCGCCUACAGCGCUGUGAACCAGGGCCAUUGCCAUCCCGAACUCGUCAAGGCGUUGACAGAGCAGGCGUCCCGAUUGACGCUCAGCAGUCGGGCAUUCUACAACGAUGUGUUUCCCAGAUUCGCCGAGUUUGUCACGGAGAUGUUCGGAUUCGACAUGGUGUUACCGAUGAACACCGGCGCCGAGGCAGUCGAGACUGCAGUCAAGAUCGCGAGGAAAUGGGGCUACAAGGUCAAGGGCAUUCCGCAAAACGAAGCAUUGGUAUUCAGUGUGCAGGAGAACUUCCACGGCAGGACGUUCGCUGCGAUCACGAUGUCAACAGACCCCGAGUCUCGCGAGAACUACGGCCCGUACCUACCGAACAUCGGCAGCAUAUGUCCGUCGACAAAGCGGCCUAUCCGCUACAACAAUGUUGACGACGUGCGAGAGGCGCUGGAGGCACACGGCAAGAAUACUGCCGCGUUCCUGGUUGAGCCUAUCCAGGGCGAAGCCGGCAUCGUCGUGCCCGACGACUCCUACCUGCGCGAAGUCAAGGCGCUAUGUGAGAAGCACAACGUGCUCCUUAUCUGCGACGAGAUUCAGACCGGGAUCGCGCGCACAGGCCGUCUGCUCUGUCACGAGUGGAGCGGCAUCAAGCCCGACAUGGUUCUGCUCGGCAAGGCCAUUUCCGGCGGCAUGUAUCCCGUGUCCUGCGUUCUCGGCUCCAAGGAUGUCAUGCUUACCAUCGAGCCCGGCACGCACGGCUCGACGUACGGCGGAAACCCGCUCGGCUCCGCGGUCGCCAUCCGCGCGCUCGAGCUCGUGCAGGAGGAGAACAUGGUCGAGCGCGCCGAGAAGCUCGGCAACAUGUUCCGCGACGGCCUACGCGCGCUCAACAACCCCAUGAUCAAGCUGAUUCGGGGCAAGGGGUUGCUCAACGCCAUCAUCAUCGACGAAUCGAAGACCGGCGGCCACAGCGCGUGGGAUCUGUGCAUGCUCUUCAAAGAGAAGGGGUUAUUGGCGAAACCAACACAUCAGAACAUCAUUAGGCUGGCGCCUCCACUGGUCAUUACGGAGGAGGAGAUUCAGACGGCGCUGAGCAUUAUCAAGGAGGCGAUGGAGGAGCUGCCGAACCUGAAGGGCAAGAGGGAGGAUGAGGUCAUUCCGGAGGGCGAGAAGAACGUUCAUAUUGGUGUGGACAAUUAG